CUAAGAGCAAUAUUGGGGGAAUCAGAUAGCUAAAUUUGAUCGAUUCUCUCUCACUUUCCCUCUAUUCAUCGUCACCACCACCAUUUUCACCCUCUCCAGACGUAGAUACAUUUUUUACAGUAACUAUCAUCCUAGGAUUCACAUCCUAUCCCGGGAUUAGAAAUAUCCAUUCACCAUUUUCAACACAAACACGUCGCAUCGGACGGUGCUGGAUCUGAUACAAAUCAGAAACUGAAGCAAGAUGAUUACGGAUCUGGCGGCUCCGACCGCCCAUGGGAAUCUGGACGCACAAAUUUCUCAGCUUAUGCAGUGCAAACCCUUGUCUGAGCCCGAGGUUAGAACAUUAUGUGAGAAGGCUAAGGAGAUACUAAUGCAGGAAAGCAAUGUCCAGCCUGUAAAAAUUCCUGUGACAAUUUGUGGUGAUAUUCAUGGACAAUUUCAUGACCUUGCUGAACUAUUCCGUAUUGGAGGGAAGUGUCCGGACACAAACUAUUUAUUUAUGGGAGAUUAUGUUGAUCGUGGGUACUAUUCAGUUGAAACAGUUACUCUACUAGUGGCUUUGAAAGUGCGUCAUCCUCAACGUAUCACAAUUCUUAGAGGAAAUCAUGAAAGUAGACAGAUCACACAAGUCUAUGGAUUUUAUGAUGAAUGUCUGAGGAAGUAUGGGAGUGCCAAUGUUUGGAAGACAUUCACUGACCUAUUUGACUAUUUUCCUUUGACUGCUUUGGUUGAAUCAGAAAUAUUUUGUCUACAUGGUGGAUUAUCCCCAUCCAUUGAAACCCUUAACAACAUUAGAAACUUUGAUCGUGUUCAAGAAGUUCCACAUGAAGGUCCCAUGUGUGAUCUGUUGUGGUCUGAUCCUGAUGAUCGAUGUGGUUGGGGCAUAUCCCCACGUGGUGCUGGAUAUACUUUUGGUCAGGACAUUUCGGAGCAAUUCAACCACACUAACAAUUUGAAGCUAAUUGCUAGAGCUCAUCAGCUGGUCAUGGAGGGAUAUAACUGGGCACAUGAACAAAAAGUUGUCACAAUUUUCAGUGCGCCUAAUUAUUGCUACCGCUGUGGUAAUAUGGCAUCCAUUUUGGAAGUUGAUGAUUGCAGGGAGCAUACAUUUAUCCAGUUUGAGCCAGCUCCAAGGAGAGGGGAACCCGAUGUGACCCGGAGAACGCCUGAUUAUUUCUUGUAGAGCUGACUGUUGCCAUGUCUUGUUAUAUGCACGACAGUGACAGGGGCAUUUACCGAGAUCUGAGUUUCAAAGAGGCUUGACAGUAAUACACAAGGUCGUUUAGGGUCCCUAGCGUUGGGAAGUUGGGUUAGGGAUGAUGCUUCUGUUUGUUGUCCUUCGUAAUUUUUCUUUUUCACUGUUCUACUUUUUUCUUUUAAUGAUUUUAUUUUGUACGUUUUCCUUUGUAUUCACGUUUAAUCGUUGCCGUUCAGUAGAGACAAUUACAGACAGACGUUCUGUAUAACAGUACAAGAGGGGAGCUUUCUCUUAGUUUCUUUCUCAUUUUUGUCUUCUCAUUCUAAAUAGAGAGAACUGACUUCUUAUUUA